AAAAAAAAUGACAUUGACAGACCGAAUUUAUUUCCCGCCGUGUUUACAUUGAUUGUUUAUACAGUUUUUGGAAGAAUUAUAAUAUAAAAACAACGCAUAAUAAUUCUUAACUUAUUUUUCCAUUCAUAUAGUCCAUUACCAAAAAGCUAACAUGGGUAAGAAAUCUACAUCAUCAGUAAACAAGAGCAAAGAGAAGAGGCUCGCUAGGAAGCAGGAGCAGUACCGCAUUGCCGAUGGGAUGUCCCAUGUGACAUCAGCAAACAAGCUGACAGACCUGGCUUCACUAUGUAAAGAGCUGCUAGUGUACCGGAGUAACGACCUGGACGUUGAAAUGUAUAUACAGCGGGUCACGGAUCUCGACAAAAAUGUUUUAGACUGGACAAUAGACCUUACUGAAAGGAAUAUGAAAAAAUUGUAUGAAACCUGUGCCUGGGGCUGGAACAAGGAGAAAAAGGUGGAGGAAAUGAUGGAUGAGUCGGCCUGGUACCUCAUAGCUAAGGAGAACUCCGGCACCCUCUUGGCAUUCUCACACUUCAGGUUCGACAUGGACUUUGGGAUUCCUGUAGUGUAUUGCUAUGAGGUUCAAGUGGAAGCCGAGGGGCGGCGGCGCGGCCUCGGACAGCGCGUGCUCAGCGUACUGGAGAAGCUUGCGCUCGCCACGCGCAUGCGCUGCGUGCGCCUAACCGCGCUCACGCACAAUCCCGCCGCCAGCGCCUUCUUCCGGGCCUGCGGAUACGUUUUGGACGAGACGAGUCCAGCGCUUGAAGAAGCCGCACAUUACGAGAUAUUGAGCAAGCCCACAGAAGCCCAGGAGGAGACUUAACAUCCCCACCACUGCCACCACCACCUAGUCAGCUGGCCAGCAACCCGCUAUCAUCGACCUUUCCCAAGUGGGUCCAUUCCAUACUCCAUAUGUUCGCAUUAUCAAGUGACUUAGUGUAAUGUUUAGUUUAGUUUAUCUUGCACAUCAUAAUUCAUCAAAUUGUCCGAAGUUUAAUAUUAACAGCAGUCAAACUCAAUGAAACAAUUUAACUUCGACCUAAUGGCUAAUCGCAGGAUUAUAACCUUACAUAUUCCGCUGCAUCCUGCUAAUUUAAUCAUAGAGACACCUGACGCGCUCGGCUGCAGCCCAACAUCAACCUUCGUGCGUUCCGACAAGGUACACAACGCCGCGCCGCACACGAUGGGCGUGGCGUUCAAAGGGCGAUUUUGCGACCAAUAGGGAGUAUUACUGCAAUGUUCUACCGCCAGAGUGCAGCACUAGCGUUUUUCGUAAACCAUAGAGUAACUUAUACAUACUGGGCGUUAAACUGUUUUUUGACAAGUUUUCACAGAUGAUCAAAUAUGACAUUGAUGCAUCAAGGCGGUUUGAUUACAAGGGGCCUACCGGGAAACGCGAAAAUCGAUAUUUAUUUAUCGGCCUCUUCAUCGCUCGAAUAUGCAAGAGUGAUAGAGAGAUUAGAUAACUAAAUUUCGAUUUUCUUGUUUCGCGGUAGACCCUCAGAUUGUGAUGGAUUGUGGUCGUGACGCCCCCACGCAGAGUUUCGCGUAAUAUUCCCUAUUGUCAGAAUAUAAUAAAAUCGAAUUGUUACAUGUUAUAUUGAUGUGGGCUUUGAUUUAUAGGAACAGAAAUAACAAACCAAAGGUUCAAAAGAAAGCAAAAUUAGACAUAUCACUAGGUAACAGCUUUACCGCUGUAAUUGUUUUUUCACCACACCAACUGGUAAAGGCCCUCUUGAUUGUUCGAAAACUAAUGUGAAAGUUGCAUUUUAUCCACAUGUGGGGCAAAGAAAUCAGAUGCAAAUUUUGAGUUGUUUCCUUAUGUUAGCUGGUGGAAUUGACUUUUAAAUGAUGAUUUUGAAUGAUACAUGUUUUAUUACGUUCAUUUGGAUUUGAUUUUUUUUUGUUUGUAUUUCAUAGUAUUUUCUUCGCGUUGGUGUGGUGAAGUUGUUUGUUUUUUUGGACUUCAUUAAGUAUUUUGGACUUAUUAAUUAUGUAAGUCUUCUUUGUUUGUUAAUUUCAAAUAUUCAUAAUUUGAAACAUAAGGGCCCAUGUUAAGGCAUAUACGAAUAUGAUGGAUGUCAUAAUUAAUUUUGAAUCUUUUCCAUAAGCUUAUAUGCAGUUCCUAGUCUACCGUAUGGUAAAGUGUAUAGUUUACACUAUUCUUUUUACUCUCUGCAAUGAAAAAUAGAAAUAUUUUUGUAUUUUUACACAUGACAUUGAUAAUGAACUUUUAUAUUUUAAAACUCAUGCAUACUGUUUUUUGUAGCGAUUCACCUAACUUAACCUUUGAAUGAUAUCUAAUUCUGAGUGCCACCAAAAAAAUAUUUUUAACAAAAGCUUUCCGUUGGAUAUAAUAAUCUUAUUUCUACGUAUUGCGGCCUUGUUUGGUCCUAAUCAACUAUGUGUCACUUCAUUUAAUAAAUCAAACAAGUACUAUCUGAGAAUACAAACCAUAACUAUACUAUACGUUAAUUAAAUUACUACUUGUAUCGUAAUUAUUGUUCGUAUGAAUUGUUCGUAACUCUAGAGAUUGUCUACGCUACGUUUGCAGUGACAAUUAUGUGGCGAGAGAACUUAGCGUGGUCCACUGAGUUAUGUAUUCCGCAGUUAGUACUACGGCACAAAAGUGUGACCGAAAUCUUUAUAAAUCAAAUCGCUAUACAAAGUCGUCUGCGGUAUAAUUCUUAGUUAUGUCCAUCACGACAUUCCGUGUUUUGUAACUAGUUUAACAGGUUGUUAACAAAUAACUCAUCAGUACCUUAAACUGAUAAUUCUCAUCUCAUAACGAUUAAGUUUAUUUUAGCAAAAUAAAUACAAACGUUUUGCAAA